AUGUCUGGGUCCAUCUCAAGCGAAGCAUCGUUAUAUAAUUUCAUUGAGAUCGCAAGGUACUCUGAGGUGGGUGUUUUCAUGACCAAUGUAAUUGAUUCCAUGGUGACACCAAUAUCGACAGUAUUAUGUCUCGACCAAGAGAUAAAUAAUAUUUGGGAAAAGCUAAUUAUCACUGUAGAAAAGGAAGCUAAAUCUGGUCACAAUCCUGUACAUAGUGUGUCAUACAUGAACUUCUCAAUAUCGAAAAUUGCACCCUUCUGGUACAUUCAGAUGCCUAUCAGUCUGGUGGAUAGCCCAGGUCGGAUCCGACGUUGUUCUUUUCGUGACUCAAGGAAGUCUAGGGCCAUGAUGCGUUUCUUGACGGUCUGGCUACUGGUGCAGCAGAUUGCGAGGGUCAUUGUUUUUGCUUCCCAGUACCAUGGAGUCGCUGUCAACGACUUCGGCUACACUACGUGCAUGGUGGUGCUCAUCACGUCCUCAUGGUCUACUGUGUUUGACAGCGUCGUUGUGAUCGCCCUUCAAACGUAUAUCCUCCCAAAACUUCUGGGUCUGCUAUCCAUGUUCGAAUCAGAUAACCUUGGGUUAUCGGCCGCAGAGAUGUCUGCGCAGGUGUUAUGGAUGUCCGUGAUUGGCCCACGUACAAUCCUGAACAUCCGCACCCACGCUGUGGCUGCUGAGAUAUCUAGGGGAGAGAUGAUUAGGGGUGUCCCUACUAAGACUGGCAAAGGUGUAGAGUUGACUGUAACAGUUCAUGCAGAGAGAGUAAACUUCCUAUAG